AUGGCAGCGGCAGCUGAUGCCGCCUAUAUUGCUGCCGGGAGCUGGGUCUUGCCCAAGGCUGGUGAUAGCAAGACACAAGCCCCUGACAAGACUAGAACAUGGUCAAGUGAGGGGAUUUCGGCCGCUGUCGCUAGCAGUCCCCAACUUGAGGUUGAAAAAGACGGCAGUGGAUUGCUAAAUGGGGAACAGUCCGAUCUAGACGUACUGGGACUGGCGCUUCGUGGCAUGCAUUUCAGCGCCCGACGUUGA